AUGAGUUGUAACAAUAAAGCAAUAGUCUUUAACACUGUGGUUAAUAACAACAAACCUGGUAAUAGGCAUGAAUAUAAUAGUGGCCAUAAUUACAAUAUUGGAUGUGAAUAUAGUUUUGAGCAUGAAUAUGAUAGUGGGCACAAAUAUAAUAUUGGGCAUGUAUAUGAUAGUGGAGAUAAAUAUAGCAUCAGGCAUAAAUAUGAUACUAAACUUCCAUCGAAAACAACUCAAAUUGCUCAUACAUCAUGGGAUAUAGUUGAUCUUGUGACCAGGAACUCUAGAAUCAUGCCCGGCUAA